UUCGGUACACACUUGGAGCUGAGGUUGUUCUGAUAAUCGCGCGAUCGAGAGUGAGAAUAUCGUGGCGGCAAUUUUGCAAGUGAAAAUCAAUAAUGGGAGACGUUUUUGAGGUACAGGUAAUUCUGGAUUCCAGAAGGACAAAAGGUGGAGAAUUUGAAUACAAGAUCAGAUGGAAGGGGUAUGGCCCAUCGGAAGACACGUGGGAACCAGAAGAAAAUCUUAUUCACUGCGAGGAGCUCCUCCGUGACUACAAGAAUAAAAUGGCUGCGGAACAGAGAAACAGGACACAACUAGAAGCAAGAGACAGAGAUUUAACACCAAACUUACCAAAGAGAAGAUUACGACAGAGGAACACACCGAAAGUUCAGAGGGUCUUAGGCGUAAAGCAAAUGCCUCCUCCUCAUGUCAACUACUCUGAAGUACCACCACGUCAUGAAACUUCAAACAAAAUCAAAUGUGAGACAACAGGCAAGUGUAAUAAAUGGGCUAUGUUUGGUGGUUUGGUAUGUUUCAUGAUUGGAGCGAUACUGCUUUAUCUUUCUGUGGACUGAUCAACAACCUCACCUCCAGCAAUGCGAGACAACAGGCAUGUGUAAUAGAUGGGCGAUGUUUGGUGUGUUUCAUGAUUGGAGCAAUACUGCUCUAUCUUUCUGUGGACUGAUCAACAACCUCACCUCCAGCAUAAGGAAACUGCAAUCAUAGGGACCAAGUACAAUGACUGGAGUGAUUUGACUGUAUAAUGACAUUGACUGGAGUUAUAUGACUGUAUGGACAAGACAUCAACGAUCAACAACCUCGGCUCCAGCACAGGGAUCCAGCAUGCA